AUGAUGCCGGUCGAACGCUCUCCAACGCGAGGCCGCUCACCUGUGAUCCAGACUCGUAGUCAGGGUCCUGCGGAGGACGUCGAAGUCCCUCCCGCAACACGCCCAAGGCGUUCAGGGACCACUUCCGUCGAACCGGAAGCCCCUAACUUGGCCACGAUGGCCUCUGAAGUGGCAGCGUUAAAAGAAGACAUUGCCCGCUCGACUGCUGCAACGCAGUUGGCAACUCAAAACCUUACGGAACAGCUUCAUAGGCUUUCCGAACGUCAGACAGCGGCGGAUGAGCGCCUCGCACGAGCCUUAGAAGCCCUAGCGCAUCGCCCGCUGCCUGGACAACCUCCCAUAGCACGAGCUACAAGAGAACGGUCCGCAACCCCGUGGGAAACGGCGGACACACCAAGGGAGCGUACCGAACCAAGUUUUUCAGGUGCGGUGCCUCCAAUCCAAGUGCCAGCGGCCCCGUGGGCCAGCGACACCAAGGUCGAUUCCUUGAAAGCAAAGGACGUACCCGAGUUUACGGGCAGAAGAAACCAAGACGUUGAAGAAUGGCUUAACAAAGUCCAACUUCUUCAAAACGUUAGCGCAACGUCGGAUGCCAGGAUGGUACAGCUCCUACCAGCCAUGAUAGCCGAGAAAACCCCUGCUGACGCUUGGUUUUACACUCUGGAAGCCCAGGAAACUCGCUCAUGGACCUGGAAAAGGUGGAAAGAGGAACUGCUUCGAGAGUUCCGAGAUCCCCUAACCGAGUCCAAGCGCAAAACCGAAUAUGUGCACUGCCACGUGAACCCCAAAGAAUUUUGCAGCUUUCUCGCGUUCAUUGACCACAAAACUCAUCUCCAGCGCCUCGCAUACGGCGACCGGGCAAACAUAGAAUGUCCCGCUGACCAGCAUUUCGACCUAAUAGUCGAACAAUUGCCCAGUGACAUCCAAAUCAAGCAUGAUGGGAAAGGGAUAUGGAUCCCAGGCCAUGCAGUCGUUGGCUCGGCGAUAGUCGAAGGCUACGCGCGGGGCCCCAUCAUGGUGUCUCGCUCCGUCUCGAGGGCUGUCCGCUCCAACGGAGAGUACGACCGUGGCCUCGAAAGGGGUGGCGGAGCCGAGAUAAAUCGAGGCGCAUAAGGAAUCUUGGUGUAGUUCCCUAUGAGAUGACCCUCAUAGCUGAAGGCUUGAUGGAAGUGUCGUAGAAUGUUG